CGCCGACCCGACCCCAACAACCAAAGCCUCUCGAACGAGAUCAACCACUUCCUUCUUUUUCGUUCACGAUCCCCAUUCUCCGCUAACCACAACAGCCCUCCACGAGGACCGAGAGCAACCAUGUCGGCGAAGACGGAAUCCACGACCAAGAAGUUCGGCUCGUCGACUCGGGUCGUCCCCGCCCCCUCCCAGAAGGCGCAGAAGUGGUACAACGCCGACGAUGAGCCCGAGGCCAAGAAGGUCCGCAAGGCCGUCCGCCCCUGGGCUCCCCGCCAGACCCUCCAGCCCGGUACCAUCCUGAUCCUCCUCGCCGGCCGCUUCCGCGGCAAGCGCGUCGUUCUCCUGAAGACCCUCGACCAGGGUGUCCUUCUCGUUACCGGCCCCUUCAAGAUCAACGGCGUUCCCCUCCGUCGCGUCAACUCCCGCUACGUCAUCGCCACAUCCUACAAGGUCGACGUCUCCGGCGUUGAGUCCAAGAAGAUUGAGGAGAUCUCCGCACCCAAGUACUUCACCGCCGACAAGGCCAAGAAGCAGGUUGGCGAGGACGCUUUCUUCAAGCAGGGAGAGAAGCCCGAGAAGAAGGAGAUCAACAGCAGCCGUGCCGCCGACCAGAAGGCCGUCGACAAGGCCCUGCUCGCCAGCAUCAAGAAGGUCGACAUGCUCGCCUCCUACCUGGCGAGUUCCUUCAGCCUGCGCAAGGGCGACAAGCCCCACGAGAUGACCUGGUAAACAGUUUUUUUCCUACACCAAAAAAGCUGUUGAGAGGGAGGUUUCGUUUGGCGUGUGGGCUUUUCGGGGGUUUGCUCUCUUCGUCGCUGGUCGUUUCAAAAAUCAAGGCUUCCGGAUGAUGUGGACAUAGAGACUCCGUGGAAAAGGAAGGGGACAAAGUCAAUUGGGAUCAAAAAAAGAAGAACCACACAUUUUUUUUACGCCCAGUUCGCAACGGUUUGAGGAAUGUUGUUGUUGUAGACGACGAAGAACUUAUGGCUACACGGGCUGGGCUGGUUUUGCCAAUUGCAUUUGGAAGUCGACGGCAUCGGUCACAUUUGGCGUCUGUAAUGAGGUUCUUCACAAAUCCAACACACAAAGAAGAUAACGCAUCCGGUCCAACGACGACGUGCCUCCCCCUUUACGAGGG